CCUGACUUCUGUACUGCUCUUUAGUUCCUGUCCAGCAUGAACUGAAUUCUCUCUCUGCAGGAGUUCCCUUUGUCACCACGUGAUUUAAAGUCUUUUGGCCAAAAACUGACUCAGAAGAUAUGAUGAGGAAGUAAAAUGUCAAAGAAGAUCAGUUGGGGCAGAAUGCUUCAUCUUUUGGGAGAUCCUGCUGUUGUUCACUGUGUGAAAGAAUUUUUUUAAAAAGAAGCUUAAAGGGUAGUGACCCUGCCCCAACUUCAGCCGGAAAGCUUUUUGAGGAAACACAAAAUGAAUCCUGAGACAAAAAAACUGUUGAACAUCAUUGUUCUAGGAACAGCCUUUAUGUUUAUGUUCACUGCUUUCCAAACAUGUGGAAAUGUUGCGCAAACAGUUAUCACAAAUUUAAAUCACACUGAUUUCCAUGGAAGUGGCUAUACAAGCAUGGCUGUUAUUUAUGGGGUGUUUUCGGCAUCCAAUCUUAUCUCGCCUUCGGUGGUUGCCAUCAUAGGACCGCAAUUGUCCAUGUUUGUUAGUGGUAUCUUUUACAGCAUAUAUAUUGCCGUUUUUAUCCAGCCUUCUACUUGGAGCUUCUACACAGCCUCUGUUUUCCUUGGAAUAGCAGCUGCUGUACUGUGGACUGCUCAGGGAAACUGUCUGACAAUAAAUUCCAACGAAAACACCAUUGGCAGAAACAGUGGCAUCUUCUGGGCAUUACUACAAUCCAGUUUGUUUUUUGGAAAUCUGUAUAUAUACUUUGCCUGGCAAGGGAAAAUUCAUAUAUCAGAAAACGACCGUAGGACCGUCUUCAUUGCUCUGACGGUGAUUAGUCUUGUGGGGACCGUUCUGUUUUUUCUCAUUAGGACCCCAGAAGAAUCAAAUUCAGAGGAAGAAGCUGAUGCCUCUACUGACAACCUCAUAGAACGCACGUCUGGCCAAAGCAACAUGACAAGGGCCGUUGGUGCAUUUAAAAGAUCCAUCAAGCUGUGUGUCACAAAAGAGAUUCUGCUGCUUAGCAUCACAACGGCCUAUACAGGUCUGGAAUUAACAUUCUUCUCUGGAGUGUAUGGGACCUGUAUAGGUGCUGUAAAUAAAUUUGGUACUGAAGAAAAAAGUCUGAUUGGACUCUCUGGUAUUUUUAUUGGUAUUGGAGAAAUAUUAGGUGGAGGAAUCUUUGGCCUUCUGAGCAAAAACAAUCGUUUUGGCAGGAACCCAGUGGUGAUGUUAGGCAUUGUGGUCCAUUUUGUAGCCUUCUUUUUGAUUUUCUACAACAUGCCAAAUGAUGCCCCCAUCGCCUCCAUCCAUGGCACAGACAGCAUAGCAUUCAUGGAACCAAGCAAAGAAGUGGCAAUUUUCUGCAGCUUCUUACUGGGUCUAGGUGAUAGCUGUUUCAACACUCAACUCCUCAGUAUUUUGGGAUUCCUAUACUCAGAAGACAGUGCACCUGCCUUUGCAGUCUUUAAAUUCAUCCAGUCUGUCUGUGCCGCCAUUGCAUACUUCUACAGCAACUACCUGCUUCUUCAGUGGCAGCUUCUGAUUAUGGCCGUGGUUGGGUUCUUUGGGACACUUUCCUUCUUCACCGUGGAGUGGGAGGCCCCAGCCUUUGUGGCCAAAAACACAGAUUACAGCAGCAUUUGAUGGAGGCGGUUUCAGCGGCCCGCGACAGUAUUCACAUGCAGAGACACAAGCACGUGCUCCUUGGAAAAGACUUGAUAGCAUCUUCUGUAAUAGAACACAGGGGAGACUGAACUCCAAAGUUUAAAAAGCUUCCCCUCCUCUUAUGAACUUGUUGUGAUGGGUAUUGCAUACUACAAUGUGGAAUAAUAGCCUGGCCAUUGGGGCAGCGAAGCUUCUUCUUAAUUAUUUCCACUUGCCAAGUGCCUGCAUCUUAUGCUUACGCCCACCUGUUUUGGAGACCCUUUAUUCUUUUUUUAAUUGCAUUCCUUUUUCAUUUUUUACUUGACUGUCUCUGAAGCAAACAGUAGUCUUUUCAGGACACCCCCCCCCCAGUACAUGGGGAUAUUUUUUCACAGGAUGGAAUGCCAGUUCACUUUGUGGAUUUAUAUGGAAAUCCAUGGAGGCUUUCCAAUGCUUUUAAAAUAACCCCAGUUCCAUUUUUCUCCAAAUAACUCUAAUAUUCUUACAUUAUAAUGUGAAUGAACGUCAAUUUUUUAAAAGAGGAGCUAUAUAUUAUGGGAUAAUAGCAUAAGGGAAUGAACUGCAUUUGCACAAGCUAUUUUAGCUAAUUUUAGCUGAGUCUCAUCGGAGGUAAAAAUGAUUAUGGUCCAGAACCCCCGUAGUCCCCAUAUUCCUGUGUGCUCUGAGACUAUUUAUACUAUAUUUUCUCAGAAUCAAGUUUAUAAUGAUAUUUGCUGCUAUGAAACAGUGUAGGAAAUGCACUCCAGAGACUCCCAAAUACUUUACCAUAGUGGUCCACAAAUAUUCAAAUACCCUGGUGUUCUGCAUGGCUUGUCACAGGCAUAAAAUUUCUCAGCUGCACAGGUAGGGACCUGAUUAAGGAAAGUGGUGUGCUGGAUUCUAGCCUCAUUGUCUUACUUUACUGGCAACAUCAUUUGGGGAAAUUUGCCAUUUGGGGAAAUUUAAUAUGUUUUUUUAAUGCUUGCUUGGAAGAAUAAGAUCUUAUGAGUUUAACAUUGUCAGGAUCCCAGGGCGGAACACCGCUAAGAGCAAUGGCAAAAGACUCAUCCUACAAAUUGCUUACAGUGCUCUCCUGUGCAUGUUUACUCAGAAGUAGGGCUUAUGCCCUAGUAACUGUGUUACAGAUUGCAGCCUUAAAAUGUAAAUGUAGGGAAAUGUGUGAAAACCAUAUGUGACAAUCAUGGUGUCUGUGUACAGAUAGUGUCUGCAUGUACACAACUAGAUACAUUGAAUUGCAUACUCUGUGCUUAAAGGGAUAAGUAGAAAAAUGCAGUACACUAAGCCCACAACUUACGCACAUUUGACUUAGGUGCAUUCAGCUUUACGUGCUUGGCAAUUUAAAAAAAAGGGGGGUAUCCAGGAAAAAAUACUUUGGCAAUUCCACUUGCAUUGCACCCAAUGUGUCUUGAUUAUAUGCUAUUUUGGCAUUAGGCAUGAUACCUGGAACAAACCCCCUAUGUAAGUUGUGGGCUUACUUGGCUGGCAUCCUUGAGUUCAUUGUUGGGAAUUUGGCGAGAUUACUAUUGAAUAAACUACCUGGGGGUUAAUCACCUUUUCCAAGGGAAUAAUUUUCCAAGAGCAUUGUUGAGAGUAAAGAGCUUAUUGUUUGGGGCAAUGGGUGAGGAAUGAAAAUGAUGAUUCUAGGUACUAUGAACUUCUCAAUGCAAAGCCUUGUUGAAACUGAUUAGUUAAUUUUAGCGGGGCUUGUGUAGAUAUGCACAGUGAAUUACCGGUAUGUUCAGAAAUUUUAAAAUAGUUGCUGUAAGGUAACCCCAUUGGGUAGUACCUAGUGCUGCGUGAACAGGAGUUUGCAUGUGCAAUGGCGGAGUCUCAUGCCAGAGGAAAACAAUAUCCUUUCCCUCUGUUUGGGGGGCUUCUUCCCUCACACUGGAGUCCUGGAUGACGCAGUCUGCAGAGUUUUGUGGACCCCCUCUGUGUAGGCUUGUCAGAGGGUAGAGGGGCUGCAGGGGAAGGAAAGGAAGCUUGUGCUAUCUGAGCUUCUUCAAACUGUUGGUCUGACCCAGAAGUGGAGGCUAAGGCUGUCAAGGGACAAAUGCCAAAUGAAGCAAAAGGAUUCCAGAAAUAAGGCAUUGGUCCCAUCAGUCAUUGCCUGUCUCGGAGGGAAGAGGCACAGCUGCCCACAUACAGAACCUGGCACACCUUUUUUAAAAAUCUCAUUAGAGCAGAGACAUCACCACCACCACCACCACCAAAGGUAAUUAGUUAGGGUAAUUAGAUUUCGUUGGCAUAAAUUUUGCAAUACACAUGCCUUGCUGUCCCAGAUUAUUUCCAUUCAUGAAAUGAUUUUGUGAUCAGCUAUUCUAGUUUAUUGUCAUGCUUCUGUUAUUAAAAUGAUGACUCAAAGUCUUCUCAUUUUUAUGGCACCAGUUUUGAGAGUAUUGAGAAUAGCUCCUUGUUUCAUUUCUUUCUGUGAUUACAUCAUCUGAAUAAAAGGGAACCUCAACCAAUA